UCGAAAUGGCGGACAAGACAGAAGAAAUAAAAAGUCCCACUGAACCUCAGUAUUUCCGAGAGGAUUCUGGAGUAACAGACGUAAUACUCAUGGUCGAAGACAAAGAAAUCCAUGUGACAAAAGUAAUUCUCAUGCUUUCCUCUCCAGUUUUCCGAGCUAUGUUUACUGCUGACUUCAAAGAAAAAAGCGAAAGCACUGUUUCAUUUCCAGGAAAAACAUAUGAAGAUUUUGUACUGUUUCUACGAAGUUUUUAUCCAGGAGAACAUUUGGAGCUAAACGUUUCCGUAAUAGAGAGAAUCCUACCUCUGGCAAGAGAGUAUGGCAUGGAUGCCUUGAUGAAAAGUUUCCAUGAGAGGCUGUUGGUAGAUGCAGAUUCUCAAACAAAAGACGUUUUCUUCCAUUUAAAAUGUUUCUAUGUCGCUGCAGUGUACAAUUUUGAUGAGCUCUACAAUAGAAUGCUGGAGAAUCUGAAGUCCGUUGCUGUCAAUACCUAUAAGGACCGAGAAAGUUUCAAAAUGCUUCCACCAGAGGACAGGGCAUGGCUAUAUGAAAAACGUUGUGAAUUUGUUGAAAAACAUAAUUCGAAUCUCAUAAACAAAAUGUCAAGAAUUAAGGAGAACUUGGACUCAUUUGAAAUCUGGUGUGAAAAAUGUGGCAAAUGCAUGUACAUUUCCAGAAAAGAUAAAAUUUGGAUUUGGGGAUGAAGGGUGUGCAUUUUGAA